AUGCACCGUAUUAUGCCUACUGCGGCCCUCCUACACUCGACCAGUGCUUUUCCCUGUCAGUUGUUUGGGAUGUUUUCGCCGAACACAAUUCAUGUCGCUAGCAUUAUUACCACCCGCCGGUUGGUGACAACCCGCUCUAAGUCUUUGAGUCCGUUUGGCCUGCAACUACGCCCUCUAUGGCGACAGCUCUCCAUGUCCAGCUCCAUGCAAAUACUGUCCGGACAAGGACAACAACCGUGGGCGAACUCCCCGUUCACUCUCAUCACGAACACCGGCAUAGACGCCCGCCCAGAGAUCCCACGAGACCACCAAGCUCACGAACUGGCUCGCAGGAUGGCCCACAUCCACAACCUGCUCCUCCGCGCCCUCAACGCCUCGUAUAACCAGUGUCUUUCAAUACGCCCGGACACACCCGAGACGCGGGAUUUUCUUCUCUUCAACCAGUGCUUUUACUCCAUGCUGCAAAAUCACCACAAUAUGGAAGAAGAGUCUCUGUUUCCAGCGUUCGGAAAAGUGACCGGCAAUCCCGACGUGAUGGCAGUCAACAUUCAGGAGCACAGGCGCUUCGAGACGGAGCUGCAGAAAUUCCGAGAUUACAUUUUUAACACGGACCCGAAGGCCUACAGUGGAACGCAGCUGAAAUCACAUCUCGAAGGUCUCGGCCCGUUGCUCCAGGAGCACUUGCAUAAUGAAAUUGCGACGCUGCUAGACCUCCAUGUAGUGGACAGCAGCACCCUCAAGAGGGUGUUCGACACGGCCAAGAGGAGCUCAACGGGUCAAUCCCACGACAUUUUCAAGUACGUAGCGUUCCUAUUACCGGACAGUGUUGUUCACAGCGGGAACUUGUGCAUUGAUGGGAAGUCAUGCUAA